UCGCCAUAUUGGGCACCGAAAAGCCUCCUGUUAUUUCUUGCCUUUACUCUACGCUGUAGUUGACAGGAGUGGUCGUGGCGAGAACGUUUUGUUUUGAUGGUUCGGAGGAGGAACUGGCUCUUGGCUGUUAUCGUUGCGUGCACUCGGAGCUAUUCGCUGCUUUAGCUCGUUCUCUCUCGCUCUCUCUUCUGCGUGGCAUGCGUGCGCUCCGGGCGGCUGGGGUUCUGACUCUUGUUGUUUUGGAGCGCCUUGAACCGGGAGGACACUGUUCUUUCUGAAUUUAUUAUUAUUAUUAUUAUUAAUAUUAUUAUUAUUAAAGCUUUGACGUUGCACGCUGAAAUGUCUAACGUGCGCCUGUCGAAUGGGAGCCCGACUCUUGAGAGAAUGGACGCUGCGAGGUUGUUGGAUCAGCCGAAGCCGUCGGCAUGCAGGAGCCUGUUUGGCCCGGUGGAUCACGAAGAGUUAAAGAAGGAGUUAACGGGCCACCUGAAGGCGAUCGAAGAGGCGGCGGCUGAGACCUGGGACUUCGACUUCUCCACUCACACACCGCGAACCAGUACGAGGUUCAUCUGGAAACUGGUGGACAGUAAGGACUUACCCAGCUUCUACAGCGCGUCUGAACGGCUUGCUGAAUGCCUGUGUCCGACUGGUACUAACGGACUGGAUUUAAACGGCAACCACGACUGUCGCGGAGUAUCUGAGGAGACAGACGAGAGACAACCGGAGAGGACGGACAAGAGGAGAAAAUCUGCGGGUCUCGAGUCAUCAUGUCUGACCAAAAGAUCACGCACUUGUCUAGAUGAAGCUCCUCACACGCCGAAGAAAUGCAGCCCACCGAGACCUACGUAAAAAGUGCAGGUCUGAAGAUGUUCUCUCCCUCCUGAGGGCUUCAGUGCUUGGCGAAAUUAAGAGUUUGUGGAGUGAAGAACGAUAGGAAAGCUAAAGCUUAGCAGCUCUGAGAGUGGAGAGACUGCACAAGCACUGAAAUAAACACUCUGGCACUAAAAAAAGCAGCUGCCUCAAAAGCAGUCUAUGUAGCAGUGUGCAAUUAGGUUCAAUUUCCUUUUUUGCUCUUUUUUUUUUCUUACUACCUGUGUACAUAUUUACUGUUCAUAUGUAGCACAUAAGGCAUAUUAUGUUGUGACUAUUUAAAAAAAAAAAAACAACAACUAAAAAUUGGCGUAGGUGUAAAUUUGACUGCAAUGUUGAGGUUUCCAAAAUGCUGUCGGUUACUAUUGAAGGCAUUGUGCCCUAUUUUGCAGUGACUGUACAAAUAUAGUUUUGUGUUCUCCUGUUCCAUUGGAGUGUCCACAUGCUGGAACAGCUGUGCAAACCUAACAUCGCUAUGGUGGUACAUGGUACAUAAUUCACCUGAUCUCAUGCAGGUCAGUGUGUAUCCAAGCAUCUCAGAUUGCUCUUUCUUAAAAAAAAAGCUCUGGUCUGUAAAGAACACGAAGCUUAUCUAAACUUUCUAGGUAAAUCUAAAUUAUAUUUAUGUCUCUGAUUUGAUUCUGACUUUGAUUUGGCCAGCUGACUGAUAUUGUUUAGAUCUAAACAAGGUCAAACCAUGUAGCAUCAACCAGUAUUAACACCGUGCGAGGCACUUACUAAAAGAUUGUUGUGUUCCUUGCUUAUUCCUUAUUAAGUUAUUCUUCUUUAAAAUUUUAUCUUAAUUAUUUGUCUGAGUGAAAUUUUCUACUGACUGCCUUAUUUUUGUCUUUUCUGUUUCAUUUCACUCAGUUUGACUUUAGCACUCCCUGUUUUGUAUCAUAUCAGGAAGGACUUGUGCACCUACACUUCAAUUUAAAUCUGUGGUUUACCAUGACACACUUAUUUAUAAAUAAAAAUACAACAUUUCAGUAGCCCACAAAGCCUGUGUAAUUGUUAAGACUUUGAAGUGUACCUGUGUACAUAACUUUGUAAAAACACUGAGAAAAUUAAAACUAACUUAUUUAUGUCUUUUUAUUUUCUAAAAUGGUUUUGGUCAUAAUUAUCCAAAGUGGCAUUUAAGUUAUUUUGUAAAAUGCAUUUUGGUAGUAUUUUUUUUCUUUAUUAUUUUAACAGAUUGUGUAAGGUUGCAAACUGAGCCUAAUGGAAAAAUAAAACGAUUGCGGUAUGUGCAGUUUUGGUAAUGUGUGAUAAAUCCUUUAAAAGACAAUUAAAUGAUGUGUAUACAAA